AUGAAGACCUUUGCCACAACACUCAUCACCGCACUCCUCGCUGUCGCCGAAGGGAUCUAUGCGUUUCCCAGUACUGGAACCACCCCGCUGAGAAAGGAGGCAAGCAAAAAGAAUAUUCUUAUCGGGUCUGGAGCGAUCAAUCCGACAUUUCUCAAUGAUCCAGAGUUCGCGGCCGUUCUUGCCAACCAAUUCAACAGCCUUUCUCCCGAAAAUGAGAUGAAAUGGUCGUUCAUCAACCCGAUCAAAGGGCACUACAACUGGGAUACGCUCGACCGCCUCGUGAACUUCGCAGAAGACAACAACAUGGUGGUCAAGGGACACGGGCUCAUCUCGAGCUGUUGUAACCCUGACUUCCUGCUCAACAUCACCGAACCCACAGCCAUUCGCGCUGCGAUGAAGACUCAUUUUGAGGCGAUCAUGCACCGGUACGAUGGCAAGAUGGAUCGAUGGGACGUCGUCACCGAAGCUCUUAAAACAAUGGGCGGCGGCCUGAACAACAACACCUUUCUUAAAGUGCUCGGACCCGGCUACAUCGAAGAUGCCUUCCGCAUCGCCCGAGCAGCAGCCCCAGGCGCGAAGCUAUUCAUUAACGAAAACCUCGUCGAGUCAAUCCCCGAGAAGCGCAAUGAACUCUACAAUCUGGUCUCCAAACUCGUGGCGAAGGAGGUCCCAAUUGACGGAAUCGCUCUGCAGAUGCACAUCACUGAAGUAGCCCCAAAACCGGGGGUGAUCACGCACAUGGUCGACUCCUAUAAGGCGCUCGGACUGGAAGUGGCAAUUGCGGAAAUGGAUGUCCACACGCUUGACAACGCUCUCGAGACAUCUAUUUACGGUGCCGUUAUCCGCGAGGCCCUUAAAGCAGGAAUCACCGACAUUAGCUUCUGGGGCUUCACGGAUAAGCACGCCUACACCUGGGUGCCGGGAGCAAAACCAUUGAUGUUCGACGAGUGUUACAAGCCCAAGAGUGAAUUUUACGCCACUCAUGCCGCCGUCGCCAACUUCGUUGACUGGGCCUAG